UUGUGAGGGCUCGUCUUUCACAAGAGGCGUUGCUCUUCAGCCGUGGCUCUUCUCUGCGAGCAAAAAAUAAAUUUCCGCUUCCUGCAGCGGUAAACAGCUAGCGCAACUUGAGAAACAUUUCGCAGCGAGUUUGACGGUGAACGGCGGGUCCGACUGUCGCGAUCAGCAGAACCGAGCCUCGGUCCUCGUGGACGGAUGAUUGUGCUGCAGUAGAGGAUCGGCGCUCCGACAAAAGCCGUUUUAUUCGGGUUUUCCUUCAUUGUUUUCAAACAUAAGGUUCCUCCAGCAUGUCGGAGCGGGGAGGGCUCCCGAGGACUGGAGGCGUACCGUCUCCGCAGCCCUCCAAACCGGUGGCGAUCACCUCCAAUCGGCCGGUGCACAUGAACCUGUACGCCACCUGGGAAGUGGACCGAUCGUCGCCGAGCUGCGUGCCGAGGCUCUUCAAUCUGACUCUGAAGAAGCUGGUGAUGCUGAAGGAGCUGGAUAAAGAUCUGACGUCUGUGGUCAUCGCUGUCAAACUGCAGGGCUCAAAGCGGAUCCUCCGUUCCAAUGAGAUCCUCCUGCCAUCGAGCGGCCAAACGGAGACAGACCUGCAGCUCACGUUCUCCUUACAGUAUCCGCACUUCCUGAAACGAGACGCCAACAAGCUUCAGAUCAUGCUGCAGAGGAGGAAGAGGUACAAGAACAGGACCAUCCUGGGCUACAAGACGCUGGCGCUCGGCCUCAUCAACAUGGCUGAGGUGAUGCAGCACCCCACCGAAGGCGCUCAGGUUCUGGGUCUGCACAGUCAGCUGAAGGACGUGUCCGUCCCGGUGGCUGAGAUCCGGGUUUAUUCUCUGUCCAGUCAGCCCAUCGACCGCGAGGGACCCAAAGCCAAGAUGAACGAUCGUUCUCCAGACAUUGAUAACUACUCCGAGGAAGAGGAGGAGAGUUACUCAUCUGAGCAGGAGGGCAGCGACGACCCCGUUCAUCAUUUUCUCCAGCAACCGAACAUCAAGCAGAAGUUUGUGGCUCUGCUGAAGAGGUUUAAGGUGUCAGAUGAGGUGGGUUUCGGGCUGGAGCACGUGUCCCGUGAGCAGAUCCAGGAGGUGGAGGAGGAUCUGGAUGAGCUCUAUGACAGUCUGGAGAUGUACAACCCCAGCGACAGCGGGCCGGAGAUGGAGGAGACCGACAGCAUCCUCAGCACUCCCAAACCCAAGCUCAGGCCGUUCUUCGAGGGAAUGUCCCAGUCGAGCUCUCAGACAGAGAUCGGCAGCUUGAACAGUAAAGGCAGUCUGAGCAGAGACCCCUUCAGCCCCGGCGAGCAGCCGGCGUCAGAUAAACUCAAACACUCACGGAGCCGCAACCUGGACGAGCCGCUGUCUGAGACCGACACGCUGGAACUGAAUGAUCAGGAGUUGUUCAGUGAUGUCGGACCCUCUAUAACAGUGUCUGUGGCUGAAAAACCACGAACACCCUUAAAAACCAGCAAGAAUGAGCUUCAGUCCAUGCCGUCACCCAGGUUGGAUGGAGGACACACACCCCAUAAGCGCAGCACUCCUGUGAAAGACCGACAGCUCUCCAAACCGCUGAGCGAACGAGCCAACAGCUCUGACAGCGAGAGGUCGCCUGAGCUCGGACACAGCACACAGGUCCUCAGGAAGGCCGUCUAUGAUCAGUUGAAUCAGAUUCUGUUUUCUGAUGCUGCUCUUCCUGAAAGUCUCAUCAUGAUCAAUGGCACAGACUGGCAAGGACAGUAUGUUGCGGAGCAGCUUCAGCUUCAGAAGCAUCCUGUGGUUUGCACGUGUUCUGGCGCAGAGAUUCAGGCCGUUCUCUCGGCUCUGCUCACUCGGAUACAGAAAUUCUGUAACUGUAACUCGUCGAUGCCGCGGCCGGUGAAGGUGGCGGUGGUCGGCGGUCAGAGUUAUCUGGGAUCAGUGCUGCAGUUCUUCGUCACUCAGCUGGCCAACAAGACGUCUGAUUGGCUCAAUCACCUCCGCUUCCUGGUCGUGCCUCUGGGUUCUCAUCCUGUUGCUAAGCACCUGGGUGCCCUUGACAACCGUUACAGCGCAGCCUUCCUGGACGGAGCCUGGAGAGACACAUUCAACCGAUCCGAACCGCCGCAGACAGGUACACACACACACUGUCUCAGGAGUCCCAGCAUGUCUCACGGCGGGGACGCCAUCGGUCUGCAGGUGGAUUACUGGCUGGCGUCUCUGGCGGAGAAGCGUCGCGAGGGCGAGAGGAAAGACACCAGCUGUAAGAACACUCUGAAGAGUGCCUUCUGGUCGCUGCAGGUCAGCCGGCUGCCAGGAGGAGGAGCCAGCGAGCCGCAGGCGCCCGUCAACACUAUGGCCAUGACCGUGGUCACCAAAGAGAAGAACAAGAAAGUUCCCACUAUUUUCCUGGGGAAGAAACCUAAAGAGCGGGAGAUGGACUCUAAGAGUCAGGUGAUCGAGGGCAUCAGCCGGCUCAUCUGCUCCGCCAAACAGCAGCAGACCAUCCUGAAAGUCACCAUCGACGGAUGCGAGUGGAACGACGUGAAGUUCUUCCAGCUAGCCGCUCAGUGGCCGACUCACGUCAAGUAUCUCCCGGUGGGACUGUUCGGCUACAGCAAACCACCCUCCUAGGACGGCCCACUUUCUCAGCCCCGCCUCUUCAACCUGCAGCCUACACCCCAUUGCACACCGCCGCCGCCACUCUCAGAACGCUGGCCAAUCACAGUUGAGAUGGGAUUCUCAUGUGACCGUCUCUGGUGGGUGGGUUGGUGGAGGUGAAGACGUUCGAUUCGGCGGCUUCGAUUGACUUUUAUCAGCGCUAGUCACUUUUAUUUAUUAAAGGCCCCAGAGCCACAUAUGGGGGCCAAGCACAAAAUUUGGAUACACCACCUGUUGAUGACUAUUUAACAGCAUGGCACCGCUUAAAUCACACUCGACAACCCUUGAAUAUAUCCCUUGAUGUAACUGAUCUCUUUGGCGUCUAUAACCAGCAUAAUCGAUAAAUGCAGUUUAAGCCUUGCUAAAAUCUACCAUGGUAACUGUAUUUGGAGAUAAACUUAACAGUAAAAUCAGCUUUCGGAGUCUUUCUGUUGCUUAGCAACUAUGGAAUUUGGCGGAAACUGUGGUUACCAUGGUAGUUUUUUGUAAACCGAGAUUCAAACAUGAAAAAAGCACCAAUGAAUAUUCCGAAAAUUAGCAAAGUUCCUGCCUUUAUUAAGAGGGUGGAGUUAAAUGCCAAUUUUACAUCGGAGGCGGGGCUACAAGGUGCCCAUUAGCCAACUGAUGAGAUUUCCUAAAAAUCUUCGUUUGCAUAGUUCAUAUCCUUCCAGUCGACGAAAUCUGAAAAUGCGUCGUUGACCUCUAACUUGCAUGUCUUAAAACUACAUCACCCAUAAUGCACUGGCAAAGUUAACAUUUAACGUUAGCUCAGUAGUGCACUGUGUACUUGUGCACGAAUCAUUUCGCCUCUUGCGUUCCCCUAGACGUAUACGGAAGGUUAGUAGUUCGCAUUGGUUAAUCUCUGUUAACUAGAAUAAACGAAUUCAGUUUAGUUUUAUAUUUAUUUUUACACACGCUUUUAUGUCAGUUAUCGUUUAUUUUUAAAAGUGACCUUUUAGCUUAAAUAUGCAGCUCAUCUACAGGUUUUACUUCUUUUCAUAAACCAUCUCCAAAGAUCUCUGGCCAAUCAGAAUGUAAACAUUACGGGACAGAAAGAGUCAGUCACCUUUAUAACAUGGGCAACGGCAAUGAUUUCAAGGCGAAGUCGAUUUAUAAGAGAACUGUGUCCUAUCAAGCAGCACAAGGCCUGACGUAAAGGCUGGACGAGGUUGGAGGUGAAAAUGCCACCGAUUAAGCCAGCAGAAUUAGGGAAGACGUAGUUUUACAUAUAGUUUUUUGUGUGCAUCUUCACAGCUGGAAACUGGUUUGGAGAGAACUUCAAGGGUUUCAUCUUCAUCAGUUGUCAAAUGCUAUGCACUUAUUAAACUCGCCUUCAUUUCUUCAUAUCUUCAUCCAAAGCACAACAGCUCCUCAUACGGAAUGCCCUAUUAAAACAUGAUUCACAAA